CUUGUUCUAUAUAAAGAGAGGCAAAGUCCCAGCUGAGACUUCACUGCACUGUCCAUCGUCCAGCCAGGAGCCAGGAGGAGCCAGGCAUCAUGUCCAUUCAGAAGAUUCAUGCUCGGGAGAUCCUUGACUCCCGCGGGAAUCCAACCGUAGAGGUAGACCUCUAUACCGGCAAAGGUCUCUUCCGGGCGGCCGUACCCAGCGGAGCCUCCACAGGAAUCUAUGAGGCCCUUGAACUGAGGGAUGGGGACAAGGCUAGAUACCUGGGCAAAGGUGUCCAGAAGGCCGUGGACCAUAUCAACAAGACCAUCGUGCCGGCUCUACUGGAGAAGAAAUUGAGUGUGGUGGAUCAAGAAAAGAUCGACAAACUGAUGCUGGAACUUGAUGGGACAGAGAACAAAUCAAAGUUUGGUGCCAACGCCAUCCUGGGGGUGUCACUGGCUGUGUGCAAGGCCGGAGCUGCUGAGAAGGGUGUUCCACUCUACCGACACAUCGCCGACCUGGCUGGAAAUCCUGAAGUCAUUCUUCCCGUCCCUGCAUUUAAUGUGAUAAAUGGAGGCUCUCAUGCUGGGAACAAGUUGGCCAUGCAGGAAUUCAUGAUCCUGCCAAUCGGAGCCUCUUCCUUCAGGGAGGCCAUGAGAAUCGGUGCAGAGGUCUACCACAACCUGAAAGCCGUCAUCAAGGCCAAGUAUGGAAAGGACGCCACCAAUGUUGGUGAUGAGGGUGGCUUUGCUCCAAAUAUCCUGGAGAACAACGAAGCCCUGGAGCUCCUAAAGGCUGCCAUUGAAAAGGCCGGAUACCCUGAAAAGAUCGUCAUUGGCAUGGACGUGGCUGCAUCAGAAUUCUUCCGUAAAGGGAAAUACGACCUGGACUUCAAGUCCCCAGACGACCCAAACCGCUACAUCACUGGACAACAGCUUGGUGACCUCUACAAAUCCUUCAUCAAGAAUUACCCAGUGGUCUCCAUUGAGGAUCCCUUUGACCAAGAUGACUGGGAUAACUGGAAGAGCUUCCUCUCCACUGUUGAUAUCCAGGUAGUCGGGGAUGAUUUGACUGUGACCAACCCAAAGAGAAUCCAGAAGGCGGUGGAGGUGAAGGCCUGCAACUGUCUUCUUCUGAAAGUCAACCAGAUCGGAUCAGUCUCAGAGUCCAUCCAGGCGUGUAAGCUGGCCCAAUCUAAUGGCUGGGGUGUGAUGGUCAGCCAUCGUUCCGGAGAGACAGAAGAUACUUUCAUCGCUGACCUGGUGGUCGGACUGUGUACAGGACAGAUCAAAACUGGCGCCCCCUGCAGGUCAGAGAGAUUGGCCAAAUACAACCAAUUGAUGAGGAUCGAGGAGGAGUUGGGAGACAAAGCCAAGUUUGCCGGAAAGAACUUCAGGAACCCCAGAGGAAAGUAAACAGAGAACUUCCCCCUGAAUCCAUCACAACACCAUGCCACCGUCCCAGAAUCCUCUCCAUACAGACCUCCCCAGGGGUUCUCCACAAGCCCCACGUCCACCGCUGUGCCAUAAAAUGGAAUCCCUCAGUGGCGGCCCAAAAUGCAUACGGAGCCAGCGGAAUUCUGAUAUUUCAGUUUGGUGACCCAAAUCACUUGGUGGCUUCUUAAAUCUCUCUGAGUGUGAUGUUUAGCCCAACUCCCUCUGGUGUCACCCUCUCCUGAAGGGUUCUCCAUACUGCCCAGGAAACUUUUUUCAUAGCCUUAUGGAAAGUACAGAAGCUCAAAGAACUGCGGUAAAAUGUUACCAUUGUGGGAGGUGCAGAGACACAAACUACGGCACCAUGCUCCCUACUGCAGGGUUCCAGAAAUAGAAGAAGCCAUCCAGUGAUUGUAGUCACCAGUGCCCAUCCAAUACUGAAAUACGACUUGACCUGGCUGGACCUUGCCCAUUGCACUUGGACCUGUCUUCUCCGAUUGUAAAUAUAUCUUCAUGCUAUGGACGAGUGUGCUUUCAAGUUAAGAGAUAAAAUGAAGCACCAGUCUUCAGUCUUCAACGGGCCCCCAAUGCAUUUUAAGGCUUAGCGGUGAGUUUCCAAGUUCAAUUAAAAUAAAGAUGAAAUGUAAAAAUA